GAAAGCCACGGGUUUUUCUCCAAAGCGUCUCUCGAUUUUCCAUUUCGAUUUCGCUCUUCCUUUCUCUCCGAUAUAUUCACUUUUGAGGUAUUAAGAUGGAAAGUGGGAGGAAUGAAGCUAUGAGGAAACGCAUGAAACCGAACAUGGAAGAAAAAGAGGAAGAUCAUGUAAGCAAUGAAACUGUUAUGGAAACAACAGAGAAGGAACAAUCUGAGACAAACAUUGUUGGAUCUGAAGAAAUGGAACUCAAUAUCUCUCACAUUUUUGAAAAGAUCGAGCGCUUUACUCAACUGGUUUCGGAGCUACUGGAAUCAUGGAAGACGAUGUUCAAGGAGUUGAGUGAAGAAUUUGAAGAGCGGCUGAUUAUGAUACAUAAAGAACAUAUGGACAAAUGGCAGGAGGAGAUAAAUGAACUUAGGUUGGUAGAUGGAUCAAAUGGGGAGGCUAGUGCUAUGUUGAAUAAUGCUCGUUCUUUACUUCAAAAUCCUCUUUUUGAAUCUUGAUAGGUAAAUUCUCAUAGAACAUCCAAUUUCAGUCCCAAUUACAUUUGUUUUUUAACAUGGAAGUUUAAGUGAACGUGAUUUCUUAAAUAAUUUCAAGCAUUUUGAAUAGUUUUGAUUGGAAUGUUCAAAACAGGUAUUUGCUGUGGUUUUGUAUAUUGGUCCCAAUGUGUGAAAGAAUUUGUUCAUCCAUAUAGUAGCUAAUGUGAUGUAAAUUGCUAUACCUUUGUUAUCCCAUCCUUCCUCUUUGGUUCAUAGAAUUGUAAGGGACAAAAUUAAAAGACAGCCCUCUUGUCAGUUACCACUUACCAGUUAUUGGAACACAUCUUUGGUUGGUUUCCUCUUGUAUUCAGUUC